AUGGAUUCAUUAGAAGCCAUCUCCUCUCGCUCUCUCUUCUUGGAAACGUCAUGUUUCGUGCAAGCCGUAGUCAGAUCUGAAGCCAAAGCGAAGAGAGUCAUGAACGACUUCCCCGACUUUGAAAGAUCCAGCCUCGACUUUUCGAUAGUGCCCGACAUCACAGCGCCAGGGGCUUUUGACCAGUGCAUCAAGGACGCACCACCUCUUGACGUGAUUAUCCGCGCGGCUUCCCCGUUCAAAUAUACCGAGGCCAAGACACAUUCCGAUUCCAUCAACCCAGCGAUCCACGGGACAACGGAAAUACUGAAGUCUGCCGCGAAGGAGGAGGGAACCUCUGGCGAUUUGUCACUGGCGUACUGGGCAAGCAAGACCUUUGCAGAGCAGGCCGAAUUCAUGAAGACCCAGAAACCGAGCUUUGAGCUCGGAGCUCGGAGCUCGUCGUCCUCAACCCGCCCAUCGUUUACGGACCUCUCAGGCAUAGCAUUGAUUCGGGGUCCUCCAGUCCCAGAAGACUUUUUGCACGUCUAUGUCGCUGUUCGAGACUUGUCGUUCGCACAUUACCAGACUGCAUUUGCUCCCGGAGUUGGGGGACGUCGAUUUCUCGUCACGCCGGGCAGCAAUAGCAACCAGGAGAUAUGCGAUAUUUUGAGAAAGGAGUUUCCGGAGCUGGAUGAGAAGAUCCCGCUCGGGCGUCCAGGUCAGCAUGCCUUACCUGCGGGCUCUUUCAAGAUCGACAAUUGGUCGUCGCAAAAGGAGUUGGGUGUGACAUAUCGACCGUUCGAGACGACUGUCGCAGAUACAGCGAGGAAUCUGCUGGAGAUGGAAAAGGCGCUGACUGCAAAGGCAUGA